UUGCUCAUAAAUAAUAAAUAGUCCAAAACAUUUAUGGCGGCCGAUCACGGGCGGGGAGACUCGACGCUUCUGUAUUUACCCCAACUAGCUUAAAUCUAAGGCCACAGAUUCAUAUUUAACAUGACCAAAGAACGCUAAAAAUAACAGGCUGCAGUGAGAUGGGGUCAGUAAAAGAGCCAGGCGGUUUGUUACAAAAAUAAUGGACGCCGGUAAGAAGAAAGAACUGAAAAGUGAUGGCAAGCUUGACACGCGCUCCGGAACAGAGAAAGGAAAAUCUUCCACGCAAUAUAAAGGCCCCGGAUCCGCUGGUGUCAGUCAGAGCGAAGUUUUGAUUGAAGGAGAAUUUAUAGAGCUAGACGAUCAACUUUGGCUGGAUAAACAGGUCCGUAUUUUAGUCACCUCGGAGUUUGUGUACGUAACAGAACACGGCACAGAACGCGAGAUUAACAGUCAGGCACAUGUGCUACAACACGGCGCUGGGAAAACAGUGUUCAAGUAUCGACGGUCUGAUAUUAAAGUCGAGUUACUAGAAGGGUGUUCCUAUACUUUUAAGGCUAAAUGGACGUCAAGGCAGUGCUGGAGGACUUAUCGGCUUUGCGGUAAGCUAGAGACAUGGAGAAAGUGGCUGCGUUGUUUUCAUUUGCAAAGUCAAAGACAACAGUGGGGUUUGCGUUUGAGGGAAAACUGGGAGUGUGUGGCAUCGAUUGCUAUUGCUGAGUCAGAUGAUGAUGGCUUUUCGUCCAGCUCAGAGAGUGAGGACGAAGGAGAGGAGAGUGGGGAAGUAGCCAUGCCUAAUCGGGUCAGCUUAUGCGUCGAAGGCGCGAUGUCUUCGAUGCUCUCAAUGACCAUGCUAAAUCCUAGCAAUGUUCGACGAAUUGCUAUUAACAAUCUACAACAUCAAAACAAACUGAAGCGCUCUUCACUUGGAACAAUUGGAAGCGAAAAUGAAGACGUAUUCGAGAGCUGUAACGCUGGAGAGCUGUUUCGUUCUAGUUCACAUCCAAGGCUGUCAGAUACCCAACCAUUUUGUACGUUUUCACUCAUGAAUUUGAAUGAUCUUGACAUAAUAAAAAUAGAUCAAGAUCUCAGGGAAAGAUCAUUAAAUACUGACCAGCCUAUGAUUAACGGGAGUGUCACUAAAGAACACAGGGUUAGAGGUUGUGAUUACAGAGUAACAUCUUUCUGUCACGCAUACUCUGCUAAAGAAGUUCUUUUAUGUAAGAGAAUUGAGAACCUGAGAAGUCAUCCUAGUAAUUUGAAUUUUGUUAGAAGACAUUUGUGGGAUAAAACACUGUCCAUGUCGACAUCCCCUGCACAUAAUCGGCGUUUGUCAUUGUCCCUUGCUCUGACAAGUGAAUCCCACAGAAUUCCUCAAAGUGCUGAGAGUAUUUUAUCUGGUAACUCUACUCAGAACAGGAUCUUACAACAGGAAAUAUCCACUCAAAAUCAUGUCAAUAACCAUAUCCCGUCUAGUCAUCUUACCACAGGGGUACCAACACACAGGCUUCCUACAGCCAGGCGGCUUGAUUUUUCUGAUGAAAUGGACAUCAAUGAUCAGAAACCUCAAAAAGCUAAAGUAAGGAGAUUCUGGACAAUGCUUAACAAAAAGCGCACAAGAAAUAGACCUUCACUCUCUGAAUUAGAUGAAGAUGCUGUAAAGGAAUUAAAAAGUGAGGCUGAGUCAAGUGCUGUGCCGGUUGUGCGUCCCCACUUGCGGAGGGGUAAGAGCUUUAGUGGUGUCGUUAACCGCAACAGAUCUCAGUAUUCUGAUGGUGCUAUUACACAUAGUGAGGGGAAAAAAAGUAGAUUUCUGGACAGGGGUGGAUCUAGCAGGAUGUCAUUUUCCUCAUCACCAACCCGCACAAAAACAGAAGUGAGCAACGAAUCUCCUUUCAACAGAAAAUGGAGCUCAUCCAGUUCAGCAGGGAGCGUUAAAAAGAAGUUCGUACAGAAAAUCCUUUCACCGAUCCUUAAGUCGACCUCUCUUGAGGAGAACAUUGGAGGAUCCCGGGCAUCGAACUCCAUGGAACUCCAUUCAAGUCCAGUACUUGGCGUUGUUUCGCCGCUGUUGAAUGGAGGCUUACCACAAAGUCUGAUUGAUAUCGAUGCGACGACGUUUGCGAAGGAGAUAACGCUGAUUGACAAAGAGCUGUUUGUUAGGAUCUUGUGGCAUGAGUUAGAAACCUGCGGAUGGAUGACCAAGGAUAAGUACGUACGGUCACCCGAUGUCAUGGAGAUGGUUGAGUUCUUUAACCGCAUCGCCAUGCUUGUGGCUUCGGAGAUUCUUGCAGAAGAGACCACACAGGCGCGGGCCCGAGUAGUCUCCAAAGUCAUCCAGAUCGCGGACAAAUGCAGACUGUUGGGUAACUACAACUCUCUCAAGGCCCUCAUGGCGGGCUUGCAGUCAGCUCCUAUCUACAGACUCAAGCAAACGUGGAAGGAGGUGUCGUCCAAACGCAGAAAGAAGUUCCGACACCUGUCAAUAAUAAUGGGGGAGAGCGACAACUUUGCGCUGUACCGAGGCGAGCUCUCCAGCUGUCUUGCGAACGGGCCGUGUCUUCCUUUCCUUGGAGAUUUCCUCACACAGAUAGCACAGACACAAGCGUACUUGACAGUCAAGCGGAAGACUCAAGGCAUGUCCACUCCGCCAACCUCACCCACUGAUGAGACACCUCACGAGAAUAGCUUGAACAAUGGUGAAACAACACCCGGGAACCACGUGACUUCGCCUGACCAAUCGGUUUCAUGCCCCACAACCCCUCAAGAGGUAAGCAUCAGGUCAUGCCCUACCACACCCGUGGAGGUCUCGCCGGAUGCAUCACGUGACAUGGCUCCAGUCACGUGUUCGUCGCUAUUAUCACGUGACCGCAGCAGUCGACGCAGUGGUUCGGCACGUAGUAAGUUUAAGCGCCUGUACAGUCGUCAGUUCAGCGUCGACACGGGGAUCAUGCGGCACAGCAGAAACAAUAGCGCAGAUAUGAUGGACGUGCAGUCCGUACCAGGCUUCCACGGCAAGCUGAUGCCGGCCAGCUCGGACUCAGUCCUCGGAAGUGAGCGGGUGCGAACUCCCGGAAGUCGACCUCCCUUGCUGAGGCGCCUAUCCGAGAGUGCGUCCAUGUCUACCCCCACAGGCCUCAGCGGGAAGCAGCCUAAAAGGCGGCUCUCAGAGAGCGGGAAACCCGGCAAGACGCGGCGCUUCCUCGACGGAUUCGUCAGACGUAGUACCAGUAGCAACUCGGUCAAGGAAGGCCGCUUUGGUCGCUGCUCCGAGAGACUAGGUCACAGCUUUAGUACCCAGUCUAUUCGCGAAGGGAACUGUAUGACCAACGAUACCCUGGGGAAGAGUGUCAGCACGCCUGUGAUAAAGGACAGUUUGUCACGCGAUGUGUCAUGCCAUACCUCGCAGGAGAUUCUGGACGAAGUCGAACGCCGUGAGUCAGUGAUCAGUGGGGAUGCAUACCAAGCAGGCACGGAGUCGCAGCUCCUACAGUACCAGAUGGCGGCGGUGCAGUAUGACUUCAUGAGCUGCCACGAGGUCCGCCAGUACCUGCUGAACGCAUCGUUCAACGCAGAGGAGGAGAACUACAGACUCUCCCUUAAACGGGAACCGCCUGCUAAACCCUGAUCACGUCAAGAUCUCGGCAAGAUCUCUAUCGCGUUCGGGGUCCCGAACCGAAAUUUCGAUCGCUAUCCAGAUAAAGAAACCACGAUCUCUUUUUUAUCGCAUUUAAGUCCACGAGCAAGCUCCUGAUGGCCUAGAUACCUUGAGUAGUUUCUGAACGUUUUUUAAGUCUCUUAGCAAAAUCCUGAUCAAGGUCGAGAUUCUUAGUUUAAUCCUGAUCAGGUUCGGGAUUCCUAGUUAAAUCCUGAUCAGGGUCGAGAUUCUUAAUCAGUGACGGGAUUCCUGGUUUAAUCUUGGCCAUGUUUGAGAUCUAGUGUUAUCCUGACGAUAUUCAGAAUUCGCUUUACCCAGAACAUAUCAAGGCAUUCAAUCCAAAGACUGCCUGUGGCGACAUGCAAAUUGUAACUUUGUCCUGUAGACGCAGGUUUAUAUUGCCUGAGCUUGGAAUCGAUGGGUCGUUGCUAGGUUACGACUGACAGUCGCACGUCACAGCUGGGCUGUGGACGAUGAAUAUAUUUUAACUAAUGAACAGAAGAGAUAUUUCACGUUUUUAACUGUUUUGUCUAACCAUUUUCAGCGUAUUGCUUUGUUUUAAAUUACUUUCUUUGUUUUUACUUUGCAACCGGUUAUGAAAUCUAUACGAUUUUUAGUGGUCAUUCUUUAGUUUUUACUCUGAUGAAAAUAACGUUUGUUUUAUAAACCAGGACUUUCUUGUGUAGAAGUCAUGGGACCACAGGCCUGUAAAUAUUCUUUUCGAUGCCAGUUGGGAGACUUAUUCAGGGAUAGAUGGGCAGGCCCCAAUUAGUGAAGAAAACAAAAUAUUACGACACAGAAGAUAUCUUAAGGUAGUAAGAGAGGCAGUAAAAGAGACAUUGGUAGUACCAAUAGCCUCGUAAAGAGAGAAGAGAAUAAACUAAAGAGAUAAGCGUU